AUGCUAUCAUCCGCCUUUUUCCUGCUCCUCUCCCUGGGCACCGGCCUUGUCCAGUCAAGCCCCACUCUAGACGACCUAUACCUUGAGAAUGCGCCUUCCUCACCACGCCCCUACGUCAUUCCUCAUUAUGCGAACUCCCACGCCGUCACAAUUGGCAGCCAGUUGUACCGCUUCACCGUAACCGGGCCUUCAUCCGAUUAUGCAUUCACUCUCAUGAGCACCAAUGCGCCCUCCAGCGGCUCCUUGGGUGUGCUCCCUCAUAUCCAUCGCGAGCAUUACGAGAACUUUUUCACCUUUAAGGGUCGCUUCCAGCUCUGGGCUGAGAAGGACAAUAAAGAACAACAAGCUCGCCUGCUCACACAAGGCGAUUAUGGUUCUGUCGUCCGAAACACGACUCACACAUUCCAAAUUCUCGACCCCGACACCGAAAUGGUUGGUGUGAUUGUUCCCGGAGGCUUCGAGUAUGCUGUACCUAUCCUUACCUUUAAAUGA